CACGAAGUUUAGGCGUGGUGCGUAUGGAUAAGCUGAGUGGUGGGCUGCUUAUGCAAUGAAAUCUGGACAUGGCCACUGCAACUCUUGCCUCCCACCACCUCCAUUUCUGCUUCUCCAAAUUUUCAAUUACUAACAGAAGAAGACAAGUAUGGCUAACUUAUCCAAACAGAAAUCCUCUUUCAAUAGUCUUUUGUUCUUCUUCUACUUCGCCCCCUCCGCCAUCAGAAGUUAGUGAACCCAGUACUCCCACUGCGGAGUCUUGCGUCAAUGUGGGCCUCGACCUCUUUUCUAAAGGACGGGUUAAAGACGCUCUUGUGCAGUUUGAAACAGCACUUACUUUAGAUCCCAACCCCAUCGAGGUUCAAGCUGCUCUUUAUAAUAAAGCAUGCUGCCACGCCUACAGAGGGGAAGGAAAGAAAGCUGCUGACUGUUUACGGACUGCUUUAAAAGAGUAUAACCUAAAGUUUGGCACAAUCCUUAAUGAUCCGGAUUUGGCGUCCUUCAGAUCAUUGCCUGAAUUUAAGGAACUACAGGAAGAGGCUAGGUUAGGAGGGGAAGACGUAGGGUACAGUUUCCGUAGAGACCUUAAGCUCAUCAGCGAGGUACAAGCACCAUUUAGAGGGGUCAGAAGAUUCUUCUACGUGGCAUUCACCGCUGCUGCUGGAAUUUCUACAUUUUUCACUAUACCCAGGUUAAUCCGUGCAAUUCAAGGUGGAGAGAGUGCUCCUGAUGUUGGGGAGACUGCAGGAAAUGUUGCUAUAAAUGUCGUUGGUAUUAUUGUUUUUGUGGCUUUGUUUCUUUGGGAGAACAAAAAAGAGGAGGAACAGCUUGCACAAAUAUCACGUGAUGAAACACUAUCAAGGCUGCCUUUGCGCCUUUCAACUAAUAGGAUUGUUGAACUCGUCCAGCUAAGAGACACCGUGAGGCCUGUUAUUUUGUCUGGGAAGAAGGAGACAGUCUCUCUGGCUAUGAGAAAUGCUGAGAGAUUCCGCACUGAGCUUCUUAAACGCGGAGUCCUUCUAGUUCCUGUUAUUUGGGGUGAAGGUAGGGAAACAAAAAUAGAGAAGAAAGGUUUUGGUCUUCCUCAAAAGGCAGCCGCUUCUCUCCCAUCAAUAGGGGAAGAUUUUGACCAAAGAACUCAGUCAAUAAUUGCAAAAUCCAAAUUGAAGUCAGAGAUCCGGUUCAAGGCGGAGACUGUUUCACCUGCAGAGUGGGAAAGGUGGAUAAGGGAUCAACAGAGGUCUGAAGGUGUUACUCCAGGUGAAGAUGUCUACAUUAUACUUCGUCUAGAUGGUCGUGUUCGACGAUCAGGAAAGGGUAUGCCUGACUGGUCUCAAAUUGUGAAGGAACUACCUCCAAUGGAAGCAAUAUUAAGCAAGCUAGAAAGAUGAUACAAGUUUCUCCGGUUGUGUGCUAAAAGCUUUUCACUACCUGGUGUAUUUUGUGUAUUUCACUACCUGGUGUAUUUUGUGUCAGUCUCCUACUCUCCUUUCUUGAAAUAUACAAAGGCACUGAUUGAUGCCUAGCGAGCUCUUGUCCGGCUUUUUGUUCCAUUCUUUCACGAACAUGUACUGUACAAUAAACUCAGAGGCGGAUCCAGGAUUUAAAUCCUAUAGGUUCAACUUUUAAGGUUUUUAGCGUUAAA